UGGGGUCAAAUCGCAGACAGGUUACACACAAAUUGAAAAAGUUGUUAGAAAAGUUUAAAAUUAAGUAAAAACCAAGAUGCUGCGUUCUUUGUGGGGAGCACAAAAGUGCUGGGGGCUCAUCCGCAGCAGGAACCUGGUGGAGAUGGCCACCAAACAGGCGCCAGCUUCCUUUGCGGUGACCAAGCGUCACUACUCACCGCCCACUCACAUCAAGCAGUCGGCGGUGGCCAAUGAAUCCGGGACCAUGGCGGAGAUCAAGCAGCAGAUGAUGACUCGAUUGGGCCUGGAGCCCGGCUACAAUCCGCUGCCCAAAUCCCGGGAGCAGCUGCUCAAGUACCAGCCCAAGUGGCAGGAUCUUCCCCCGAGAGCCAUGCAGGAUUCCUUCACCUCGGCCAUCAUUCCCUUGAGCACGGAUCGCACUUUGCAGGACAAGUAUGUGACCUAUCUGGGCAGCGUGAGAUUCGGAAGACUGCUGGAGGACAUGGACAUGUUUGCCGCUUGGUGCUGUCACAAGCACCUGAAGCUGCCCAAUCUGCCGGAGGGAGUUCAUCUGCCCUACACCUUUGUCACCAUCCUGGUGGACCGCAUAGACUUUACCAAUGUCCUGGCCUCGGGCACCCAGGACAUCCGCCUCUCCGGUCACGUCUCCUGGGUGGGAACCAGUUCCAUCGAGGUGGUGGUGUGGCUGGAGCAAAUGGUGGAUGGGAGGUACCAGAAGCUCACCCGGGCUCUGUUCCUCAUGGCGGCCAGGAAUGCCACGAACACGGGAGCCGCUCCCGUUAAUCCCAUCCAGCCGGCCAACGAAGAGGAGAAGGAGAUUCUGGCGGGCGGAGCAGACCGAAAGAAGCAGCGGCAGAUCCUCUGCGCCCAGUCCGUCUUCAAAGUGGAGCCCAACGAUCCGGAGCAGACGCUCAUGUACGAGCUGUACAAGAGGACCACUCCCAGCACCACCUUGGAGCUGAACAAGCGCAUCCUGCCGCCCAACUGCCGCUGGAUGGAGGACUCCUUCCAGAUGAGCACCAUUCCCUCGUUUCCGGAGCACCGGAACCACCACAACCGCGUCUUCGGGGGCUUCCUCAUGCGCAGUGCCCUGGAGAUUAGCUGGGCAGCCGCCUUCCUGUACUGCAAAACGCGACCCAAACUGGAGCACAUCUCGGACAUCAGUUUCGAGAAGCCCGUGAGCGUGGACAGCUUCAUCAAGAUGACCGCCUAUGUGGUGUACACGAAGCUCAACUACGUGCAGAUAAUGACGGUGGCCGAUGUGCUGGACACGCACACGGGCAGCCAGGUGACCACCAACACGUUCUACUACACCUUCUCGGCUCCGGACACGGUUACUGAGGUCCUUCCGCGGUCCUACCACGAGACCAUGUGGUACAUCCAGGGUCGCCGGAAGUUCGAGGCCAGCAUGGGUUUGAAAUAGGUGCCGCUACUGAAUUUUUCCCCUUGAUAUUAAGCGAGGCUCUCCUUCGGGAUAAAUGCUAUUUACCAGUUCUGUGUUUAUAAAAAGCAAUAAAUGUGUACUGUCAGUUUA